AUGUGUGUAAUGAUUGGUUCAAAAUUAUUUAAUGAUUUUUUAACCAAAAAUAUUGUAUUUUGUUAUGCCUUUGGUCUAUUCUAUGAUAUAUUUGAAUGUUCAAUGUAUUAUAGUUAUUCUAUACAAGCAUUUUAUCGUUUAUGUAGAAUAGUUUUCUAUAAAAAGAAAUAUCUGGUAUCUCAUUCUUUAUACAUUAUAUUGAUUAUUAUUCAAUGGCUAUUGGUAUUAGGUUUUCUUGUGCCAACAAUUUUUUUCCAUUGGUAUUCUCGUUUACCAACAGAACAAUAUUGUAUUAUUCCUUAUACAAAUAUCCGUGCAGAAAUCUAUCAUAUUCUUCUUUUAUAUAUUAUUCCAAUAAUAUGUAUUACAACAACAUAUAUAUGGAUAACGAUAUUUAUGCAUCAGAGAGCUCAAACAUCACUGAUUGCUAGUACAGUUUUACGACGAAAACGAAAUGAAAGAGAUUUAAUAGUUAUUAAACGUAUUAUAUUGUUAACAUCAUUAUUGAUUAUACUACGUUUUCCAACAAUCAUCUUUAUAGUAUAUGCAGUUAUGAGUGGAAAUGUAUUUCUAUUUACAUAUGAUAUAAUUGGAAUUUUUACAUCAACAUGUUUGAUAUUUAUUGGAAUUUCAACAAUUUAUACAACACCACAAUUACGAAAACUAGUCGAUAUUUUGGCUCAUCCAAAUAAUCGAGUGCACGUGGAACACAUAGCAAUGAAUCCAAGGGGUGUUUCAAUAGCAACAGUCGGUGAUACCACGAUCACUCAAAAAAGCAAACAGAAAACUGUUCAGUUUGUACGAAAUCCUUGA